AUGAUACGGCCGUCUGAAGACAAGUCGCCGGCGAGCUACAUCAGCCACCGGAUGCCCCCGCCGACCACAGCAGCACCUGCGGUGCCUCCUGAUGCACCGGCAUACCCCAUCAGGACGGACAAGGGUGACCCGUGCCACCCGUCAGCGGCCUGCACCAGGUCGCCGGCGAGCUACACCUGCCACCGGGUGCCACCGGCUACCACGGCAGCACCUGCAGUGCCUCCUGAUGCACCUGCGUACGCCGUCAGGACAGAGGACGGUGACCAGUGCCACCUGUCAGCGGCCCGCACCUGGUCGCCUGCGAGCUACACCAGACACCGGGUGUCCCCGGCGCCCCCGACAACACCUGCGUUGCCUCGGGAUGAACCUGCGUAA